AAAAAGAGAGAAGGAGAAGAGGCCGCCUAAAUUGGUGCAGUAGUGAAAAAGUGGAAGGCUGAUGGUAAGAGUGAAAAGGUGAGAGUACACGACUGAGUUCUAAAAAGUAAGUUGUUAUACCAAGUGGAAAAAGUAAAAAAGGACAACAAAUUGAUUUCUAAUUCAAAAAUGAAAAACCUUAAACAUUUUGAUCCUUCAAAUCUCAGAUGCAAAUAGACAUAUUUCCACUACAACAACAACAACAACAACUUGGCAUCGGUCCCGAACAAGUGGGUCGUCUAUAUGAAUGCUCACUAACCAUGUUUCUCCAUUUAUACUUUAUUUUCCACUAUGAUAUGUAUUUUCCUUUUUACUAUGUUGUUGCGAACAUAAGAGUAAGUUUUUCGCUCAGUUCAGUGGCCUAUUCUUGAGAACCGCAACUGAACCUGCUACCCAAGUUUCUUAAAAAUGUCAAAAGAAACUGACCGAAACCAUAUUAGUAGAACCACUACAGCUGGAAUGAAUGCUUCUAUCUGACUUUUUGGAAUAAUUGAAUAAUGAACGCCUCUGACUGAUUGCAUCAUUUCCUUGACUCAAUACACUGCAUUUCAACUUCUGCAAGACCUAGGAGUUGAAGAACUUCCUGUUCAGUGCUGGCUGUUGGUUAAUUUUCUUUACUAGUGCAUAUUGAGCUGCAAAUCAUGUCAUCAGUUUUUAUUCCUCGUUGCAACCACUUUUUCCUGAGCAUGUAUAGUAGCUCUUACCCAAUUUGUUUGAAGAGCUUUCAGGCAGAUAUUGCUGUGACUGACAGUGCUCUGGCAUUUUUUUGGUUGCUAGUAUUUGAGAAAACAUAUGUGGUUGCCAAGAUCUAUCAAUAAUUAGGUUGUGAAGAUAAUGAUUCCCUGGAAAACUCUACAACAUGGAUGCAUUUUCCUGGCAUUGCACCUUUGUUGUCGUUGUCGAGCCUGAUGAAGAUUGCCUUGAAAUUUGCUGCAUUUUCCAGCAACAUCACUAAACAUUUGCUAACAGUCUAAACCCCCAGACUUUUGACUAUCAGUUAGAAAGUGAUUAAAGAACAGUCUAUUUUAUUUUGAAUUAAAUUGCAGAUGGGGAAAUGAUAUCUUUCGUGUUUAUAUGCUGAACUGUUAUCAUCAAUCAUCAUACAAGUUGAACGUUCAAAAUAUGCUUUCAUGAGCAACAGUCUAUUUGUUUCCCAGUAUGUUAACAUUGAAUCACCACCUUCUAUGCAUCCAUGCAAAAAGAUAUGCGACGUAACAGGAUUCGAGGCACCAUAUUUUGACCCAAGAACUAAACUCCGUUAUGCUAACACUGAGGUUUUCAAGAUAAUAAGAUCGCUUCCUAGUGACUAUGUUCAGAGGUAUUUGGCUCUCAGAAAUGCAGCUGUUGUUUUGAAAUAGGUGCAGUACGAGAAAUAGAUAGUUGUAAACUUAGGUGGAAAGUAGAGUACGUUUGAAGUUAUAGUUUCUGAAUGCUCAAUGCAUAAGUUAUACUUUUAGACUUGUACUAAGAGAAGAAAUCAAAAAGCUUAGUUUUGUUAGAUCUCUUAAAGUUGCUAUAGGUAUAAGUACUGAAUUGGUCCUUGAUCUCUAGAAACUCUUUUGCUUAUCUACUCUGCGCUUAGCUAAUCAUGGAUUCCGAUAAUAUUACCCUGAA